AUGCAACCACUUAUAACGUUAUUCUUAUGGACCAGUUAUUGUGUUUUACGGUGCAUUGGAUUGGCGAUGGACAACACUCAUAUUACUCUAAGAGUUCGAAAUGGGAUAAAAAAACUACCUUAUUCUUCGAAAAAUAAUGCGGAUGAUAAAAGAAACUGGCAAUUGAUAACAAAUGAGUUUGUAGCACCAAGAGCGAAGUCAUCAUCGUUCGUGAAGAAAUCCUAUGGAUUAUCAUCCGGAAGCCUCCUGCGAACCUUUAAUUCUCGUCUUCAAAGUACAAAGAUCCUUCAAGACCGUAAAUACUACAAUCAAUCAGUGCGAGCGGCGUAUGCACCUCAUAUAUAUAUUUCACCAGCAACUGCCAUCGUUCCUUUUUAUGAUAACGGUGCUGGAAAAAUUAAUGAGACCAAUAUACCUUGGAAAGGUGUAGUGCAGUUACCAAAAAUGCGAGUUGAACAUAGGACGAAAGAAUUCAGAAUAAGUGAUAAUUCAAACGAAAUUGCUUUGGCUCCAGUUAUCAACAGCUUAAAUUCACCGCAGCUAUCUCCUUAUCAGCAACAAAGACGGCAGAACAUUUAUCAUUAUAAGAAGCAUUUUUAUACUCCUAAUAUUCCUGCUUCCAUUUCUUCAUCUCGAAAACAAGAAUAUGAUACUGUGCGACAACCACUUUACUACAAUCCUUGGGAUCCAUUCGGACUACUUAAUAAUCCGUUCUGGAAAUCGAUCUUUCCAAAUCUUUUUGCACCACAGCCACAGUUAUUCAUUUCAACAACGACACAAUCGGCUCGAAGCCUUGAUCUCGAACAAGGAUUGACAUUGGUACCAACGAAAUCUCCCUUGUCACCAAACCAAAAACUUACUCUUUGUUGCAAAAAGCAAAAUCUUUCACCAUCUUGCCAACUUUUAUGCAAUUAUGACACAUUUACUGAUCGAUCGCUUGUGACAGCGGUGAUAUCAAAUCAAUGUCCCGGUUAUGAGCUCGAAAAAGCAUUUAAUUGCGCCACUUCGAGGGCUGAUCAUUCGGCUUGUUGCAUAAGAAAUGGUAUCAAAGAAUACAGAAAUGGUCAUUGCAUGGUAUUUUGUACGACACACCUGGGUAAUCCACACAAUACAUUGCAAUACAUCGAUUGUUUACAAGUUUUUGAUCGUAUCAAGAACUGCUAUCGGGAUUACCAUGUAGCAAAUCCGAAUAUUCAUGAUUUAUAA